AUGCGCAGCUGCGGCCCUCGACAGCGGGUGUCAGCGAGGGCCGCCGCCUCGCCAGCGGGACGGCGCCUCGGAGCAGCCUGCGCUGGCCGCACAGCAGCGUGUGUGGCCGCUGUGCGCUGGUGUCAAAGCUACAGCCUUUCGCGAGGAGCAAGCUUGACGGUCGGUGAGGUCGGAGAACUCGAUGUUCUCGACGGCCGGCGGCGGGCUGCUGCUCUCGAGCCUGUCUCUGCGCUUGUUGUCGAGGUAGUUGACCGCGAGCAGCGCAAACAGGCAGAACAGCGAGAACACGUAGCACACGACGAUGGCGAUCUUCGCCGAGUGGUACCCCGGGGCCUCUGUGCUGAGGAACGUCUGCGGGCCGACGAGGUUGCCCACGCAGUAGCCGAUCAGCAGGAUGGCCUGCGAGGUGACCUUCUUGGAGUAGCCCAGCGUGUUGGACCCGAACAGCGACAGGAAGCAGAUCAUGCCGAUCGGCGACAGCGAGUACAGGUACAGCCCGGCGAGCUGCGCGCGGGUGUUGGUGGCGAACGCGAGCAUGCACGAGCCGGCGAUGACGACGACGGUGACGAGCGCCGAGAUGGCGAUGCGGUACGGGAACCGCCCGACAAGCAGCGCGAACGCGACGAGGCCGACGGUCUCGACGGCGCCGCCGGGCAUGCGCAUCAGCAGGCUCUUCUUGUCGCCGUACUGCAGCGAGUCCGACAGCAGGAUCGACAUGAACGAGCCGAGCCCGCCGUUGGGGAUGUUGGACGAGAACGCGUACAGGAACCCGAGCCACGUGCGCGGGUCCGCGAGCGACUCGCGGAACUGGUACCACUUCCACUCGGGGCUGCCGUAGCCCUGCCUGCUGUCCUUGACGCGCUGGAACACGAGCACGCGCUCGCGCGCGCUCAGGAACCACGCGUCCGGCGGGUUGUCCGGGACGUGCACGAGCAGCAGCGCGCCCAGCACGACGGUGACGGCGCCGGUCACGACGAACAGCACCUUCCAGGCCGCGAUCGAGUACGCGGCGGCGUGCACGUAGCAGCCGUACGCGAUGGCGCAGCCCAGGAUCGUGCCGAACCCGUUGUUCGAGUAGUACACCACCGUGCGCAGAAAGGACUCCUCCUGGCGGUACCACUUGGCGGACAGCAGCACGAAGCCGGGGGUCACGGCGGACUCGAGGGCGCCGAGCAGCACGCGGCACACGAGGAAGCCCGCGUAGUUCGAGCACGCGGCGUGGCACGCCAGCACCACGCCCCACAGAAUGACGCACGCGGCGGUCGUCUUGACCAGCGGGAACCGCUGCAGACAGCGCGACAGCGGGAACACGGCCGCGAGAAACGCGAGGUAGAACGCGGUCGUGGUCCACGAGUACUGCUGGCCGGCCAUGUGCAGGUCGGCGCGCAGGCCCAUGAUGGCGGCGAAGGACGUGGUGCUCUUGUCCAUGUACUGGACGCCGUAGAUGAGGGAGAUGAGCGGGAGGAUCAUGAGGUCGGUCUUGCGGCGCAGCGCGGCGUACUCGGCGUCGGUGGCGUCGUCGACGGCAGGCAGGCGGCGGGCGUACUGCAGCGCGACGUCGGCGUGGUUCUCGUCGAUGACGACGUCCUUGCGGAGGGAGCUCUUGGUGGACAUAGUUUGCGGCUGCUCGCGGGCGGCAAAUAUAUAGGGGCUGGCGGGAAAGGGCUCCCGGGGUGGCUACGAUAA